CCUGAUUUUGUGGGGUGUCUUUCUAGAGCGCUAUUUCACGUUUUAAGUCAAACAAUCCGUGUUUUUGAAGGCCCUCGCGGUGCCGUGGGGGCACAUACCGUGGAUUAUUAUCAGCAUGGACAAAUGGGGGAGAGAGGACAGAUCACUGCGUUGACUUUUGAAGCAACGCGCAGAGUCUUGACGCUAUAGCGUUACGCAUUUAUUUUACUGUGAGCGCUUUUUUUUCUGUUUGAAUCCCACUCGCUGCUGCAUCUCAACAUUGUAAAAGUCCAAUAUCUGUGGAUAAGGAACAGUGCUGGGUGUUGUCAGAGAGGGAUGAGAGGAGGAGGGGGCAGUAUGAGGUGUGCUUUAUUUGGAAAAGCCGGAGAAAGACGGACACCGAGAAGGUGUACUGAUGUGCGAAAGCCUGCGACGCGUUCCCCUCCUGAGAAAUAAUCGCGAUCAGGGAAGAAAUGGCCUAGUUAAAACAUCAUAGACACGCCGGUAGAGGAUAGAAAAGAAGAAUCGUGUUUAGAUGGACGGGCCAUCACCAUCGUCAUCAUUAUAAUUCCUGUGCUGGCAUCGAGUCUUUUUAGGUAUAAUUGGCUUCCUGACUGCAGCUCUGGACCCAUCAGGAGGAGGAUCCAAAGAGGAAGACAGAUGAGACCACAGAGUCUACCUGAGAAUGCGACCUGUCCCUCCGCCUCACCAUGUCACCCUAGAAAAACUGUUAACCUGUCCUCGUCCACAAAUCCUCUUUUUGCCUUUGUUAUUUCCCAUAACCCACUGAGUUUGUGAUCCCCCUUUACACCCAGCUGAAGUCCCAGUGAUAUGACUAAAAGAGCAUUUAUUUUGGACAUGUUGUUUUUUCCUCUCAAUGCUGCCAGCCACCAAGGCUAUGGCGGGAAGCGCCAUUAUACUUCUCAGCAGGUUGCUAAUCACUGUCUGCUGUGGCUCUUGGGACUAGUGCUACACCUCACCCUUUCCUCGUGUCAACGGGUUGACCUGAAACACCCCAUAGUGUCCACUGGCUAUGGAAAGAUCCGUGGUAUCAGGAAGGAGCUCAACAAUGAGAUCUUGGGCCCCGUGGAACAGUACUUAGGUGUGCCGUAUGCCACCGCACCUGUCGGCGAGCGCCGCUUCCAGCCUCCUGAAGCUCCAGGAUCCUGGCAGGAGAUUCGCAAUGCCACCCAUUUUGCACCAGUGUGUCCCCAGAAUGUCCACGGGGUUUUACCUGAGAUCAUGCUACCAGUGUGGUUCACAGACAACCUGGAUGCUGCAGCGACCUAUGUUCAGAACCAGAGUGAGGACUGCCUUUACCUCAACAUCUAUGUACCCACUGAAGAUGGUCCGCUCACAAAAAAACAUGAUGAGUCUACAAUGAACAGACCGAGGGAUGAAGAUAUUCGGGAUCGUCGUAAGAAGCCAGUGAUGCUGUUCAUCCACGGAGGCUCCUACAUGGAGGGCUCAGGGAACUUGUUUGAUGGCAGCGUCCUCGCUGCCUAUGGAAAUGUCAUUGUGGUCACCAUGAACUAUCGGCUUGGUGUGCUCGGGUUUCUGAGCACAGGGGACCAGUCUGCUAAGGGGAACUAUGGCUUGUUGGACCAGAUCCAGGCCCUGCGCUGGCUCAAUGAAAACAUUGGCCACUUUGGAGGAGACUCAGAGAGAAUCACCAUCUUUGGCUCGGGCGCUGGUGCCGCCUGUGUGAACCUUCUCAUCCUCUCCCACCACUCCGAAGGCCUGUUCCAGAGGGCCAUCGCUCAGAGUGGCUCAGCCAUCUCCAGCUGGGCAGUCAACUACCGACCGAUGAUGUACACCAAGAUCUUGGCUAGGAAGGUCGGCUGCACUCUGGGGGACAUGGCUGAGUUGGUGGAAUGCCUGAGGAGGAAGAGUUUCCGGGAGUUAGUGGACCAAGACAUCCAGCCUGCACGCUACCACAUCGCCUUCGGACCUGUGGUAGAUGGGGACGUGGUGCCCGACGACCCUGAGAUCCUCAUGCAGCAGGGUGAGUUCCUGAACUACGACAUUUUGCUGGGCGUCAACCAGGGAGAGGGCCUGAAAUUUGUGGAUGACAGUGAAGGAGAAGAUGGAAUAUCAGCAGCCUCGUUUGACUACACCAUCUCCAACUUUGUGGACAAUCUGUAUGGAUACCCUGAUGGAAAAGACAUUCUGAGGGAAACCAUAAAGUUCAUGUACACAGACUGGGCUGACAGGGACAACAGUGACAUGCGUAGGAAGACCCUCCUGGCUCUGUUCACGGACCAUCAGUGGGUGGCCCCGGCUGUCGCCACUGCCAAACUGCACGCUGAGUUCCAGUCGCCUGUCUAUUUCUAUACCUUCCACCACCACUGUCAGACCGAGGCGAGGCCAGACUGGGCAGACGCAGCCCAUGGAGAUGAGAUCCCAUAUGUGUUUGGGAUUCCCAUGGUGGGAGCCACUGACCUGUUUCCCUGUAACUUCUCCAAGAACGAUGUAAUGCUCAGUGCCGUAGUCAUGACAUACUGGACCAACUUUGCCAAGACAGGAGAUCCUAACCUACCAGUUCCUCAGGACACAACAUUCAUCCACACCAAGCCCAACCGCUUUGAAGAGGUCAUCUGGACCAAGUUCAGCUCCAAAGACAAGCAGUACUUGCAUAUCGGCCUGAAGCCUCGCGUCAGAGACAACUACCGGGCCAACAAGGUGGCCUUCUGGCUGGAGCUGGUGCCACAUCUCCACAGCCUCCACAAGGAAAUAAUUAGCUCCAUCACAACUCGACUGCCGCCCGGAGGCACCAACCGCUGGAAGGGCCCUCACAGCCCUGGCACCCGCUCCACACGGCACCCUGUAAUCUCCACCUAUCCGCCUGAUCCUGAACCCUAUGGUUCAGAAAGACCCCGCUUUUCUCCCUUUCCCGAUGAGACACGGGACUACUCCACCGAGCUGAGCGUGACGGUAGCUGUGGGCGCCUCGCUUCUUUUCCUGAACGUGCUGGCCUUUGCCGCGCUUUACUACAAACGGGAUAAGCGCCACGAACUCAUGCAGAGACGCCACCGCCGACUGUCCCCGCAGCGUGUCACGACGAUGGGCAUGGGCGUUGGCAUGGGAGUGGUAGGGUCCCCGCCGCACAAUGACCUGGCGCUGAGUCAGGAGGAGGAGCUAAUGUCGCUGCAGAUGAAGCAGCAGAGAGUGGAGCUGGAGCACGGCACACCCCUCCCUUCCCGCGGCAUCCACGGCGACCUGGAACCCCUGCGGCCCCCCGUGUGCCCACCCGACUACACGCUGGCCCUGCGGCGGGCGCCGGAGGACGUGCCACUGAUGACAGCCAAUACCAUCACCAUGAUCCCGAGCACCAUCAGCAGCAUGCAGCCCCUCCACCCCUUCAACACUUAUCCCCCUGUCCCGGCCCCCUCCACUACACCUGUCCCCAGCCACAGCAACAAUGCCCUGCCACACCAACACUCCACCACCCGUGUAUAGGACCAGGCACAACCUCUGCUACCCCACUCUGGGCUUACAGAGACGCACCACACAAACUGCUCCAUACAAACCCCACUCUCACCACCCUCUAUUCUUCUUCAUUAUAUCUUUGUCUUUUCUCAUGAAGCCCUCAAAUAAAGCUGCAGUUUGUAAGAUUUUAAGCAGUGAAAUACCUCUAAAAUGUUAUCAUAAAUCAAUGAGGAGAUGAUUUAAAAAAAAAAAAAAAAAAAAAAAAAACAGCUCCACCUGUCAUUAUAGGUGCAUACUGCUUUGCCGCGUUAAAGCUCUUUCAAAUAUCUCGUGCUUUAGGUGAGCCACCAAACGCAGCUUUAAGCUUGUAGCUCUCUCUCUCUCAAAGAGGCAUUGAGCUAAUCACAAUCAGCCAGACAUCUUAUGUGUAGCUUGGUUGUUUUGCGCAUGUGUUGUUGUGUCAGUGUAAAACUAUGUUUGACAUAGAAUACAUACUGUAUAUUCAUUUCCAUUCAUUUAGUGAAAAAGAUAAUACAGUAGCGAGCCGCUUUAAACCAGGCAACAUAUGCCCCAACAAGCUGUCUUUCAUAAAGCGGUGAUUUCUUGAAACUUACAAAUUGCAGCUUUAAAGGCCCAAUCUGGAAGUGAAAUUUGGCACCCUGUGUUGAGCACUAUGUCCCAACAGCUGUCCCUGUAUUCUAUUUUUGAAGGCUUUUGUUAAGUGUGAACUGUAUUGACAGCACUGGAAGUACAAGGAUGAGCUAUUUGACAUUUAAGCAUGAGUUUUUCAUAGAUUGUAACUUUAUUUCUUAUGUUAUUACAAAUUUAUGUACCUGUUUUCUGUUAUGAUGUGACCUAAAUGCCAUCAAAAGUCCUGCUUUAAAAAAAAAAAAAAAAAAAAAAAAAAAAAAAGAAAAAAAAAUCAGUAUACUCACAAAUGCUGCUUUGAAACAUUUCCAGAUUGGGGCUUCAACUGUUGGGCGGUACAGGAAAUAACUGAAUCAUACUCAGUCUGUGGGAUGCAACCUGGAAUCCAGGCUGCCCAUUAGAAGUCGCUGCAUCUCGGCCACACAGGCUCUAAUCAUGUCCAUUACUUUAUUUGUUUCUCACUCAUUAUCUCUGUCUGUAGCCCCAUCUCAGCCCAUUUAACUGCUUCUCUCUUUUCGCUGCCUCACACUCUUUCUCUCUCUCUGCAUCCUGCCCUUGUAGCUCUUUUUAUUAAACCAUUGACAUAAUCCAUAUCCAUCUCCACGUCUCUCCUCUUUCUCACAAUCACUUCUAGACUCUUUUUUCCUUUUGGAGUCUUUUAUACAAAAACACAAAUGUAAAUGAUGUAUUAUUAAUAAAUUGUAAGGAUAUGAAUGAAAAAAAAAAAGAUAUUCUGAUAUCUCGUUUUUACCAGCAUUCUUGGUGCCAAGUACUGUGAUAAAGUUCCUCUUUCACUGGCGUCCAGUGGACCGCCUGGAGAGGUCCAUCCUGACUGUAUCUUACAAAAGGAAUUACCAUCAUAAAAAGUGCCAACCCCUUCAUCUUUCUUUUUGAUCCACACACUUUUAUUUUAUUUUUAAAUUGCACUCAGUGUUGCACUGUGGCUGGUCUCUUCUUUAAAAGGGAAAUCAGAUUCAAUAUUUCCUCGUUUAAAAAGAAAAAAAAAGAAUAUAAAGUUUUAUUAACUACUUUGCUGUCUGGGAUAUUUGCAUGAUGGUUUUUUUUUUUAUAAAGAGUGUGGACAGAGAAGUUUGUUUGUAAUUUUGAUGAUUUGCCUUGUUCUGCAUUGAUUUUAUUUUAUUUUGAAAAUCAUUUUCAUUUUCUAUUUUAAUAUCAGCUGCACUUUGUGGUACUUCAAAAAGGUAUUCAAGUAUUAAGAGAUGAAUAUUGUGUAAAACUAUGAUUAUAACAAAGAGAGUAAAUAUUUCCUCUUUAUUUUUGUUCAUUUCCUAACACUGAGGCUGUCCCGCAAAACUACCAGAGAGACUGAUGAAAGCCUUUUUCUUUCCUCCCUCUUUUGCUCUGUUCCUCUUUAUCUUUUGCAACUGUCAAGUCUGCAGUCACGGUCUCUCAAUCUCACCUGAAGAUAGCACUUUUUAAGUUACAAAAAAAAAAAAAAAAAGAAACAACUACUUUACAUGAAUAGUCUAAAUAAGGUUUUUGUCUGUGACUGACAUUAACCACAUGCUUCAAAGACUACCUGACAGUUAUUCUUUUCGUCUGCUCUUUUGUUGUUUCAUGAUCCUCCCUUCUGCAAGGUGGGAGAAAGGAUAAGAUAUAUUUAUGACGGUCAAAAGGUGAGAAAGCCUUGUACGCGCGUUUCACAUCUUUCGCACAACUGAACACUCUGGACAAUUCUGAGAAGAAAAAAAAAUCAGUGACAUUAGGACAACACUGGACAAAUGGCGGCAGUGAUUCAAUGGUGAUGACGAAAUAGCUCGUCAGCUACGGUAUGAUCUGUCAAUGCACAGAGGAUGCAUUCUAAAAACCUGAUUUAAAAAAAAAAAAUCUUUAAUGACAGACAUUACUCAUACACCAUAUACCACAAAAGCAAAGCGGGCGGGAUUAAUUCCCCCCUCCUUGUUAUGUUCUGUAUCCUGUCUGCUUAGGAUAACAACACUCUGGAGCCAGACUGCCAUCCCUCACACUGGACAGGAGCGAGCUGCGAGGACAAAAGACAAAAACCAACACAUGAAACAAACUGUACAUUUUUUAAAGUGUAAGAGAACAAACUGGAAUUUGUAAAUAUUAUGUUUGUCGUUUGGUUUGAGUGAUUGGCCGGAUCUUUUCUUUGUGACAACAGGUGCAAGUUUAGGUGACUUACAUGAUUUUGGCAUUCAUGCGUAUGUUCGAUUCUCCUUUAUUUCCUAGAUCUCCAGGGCAAAUUCCAAUAGGUUAUGGGCACACGAGUAGAUCUUUGAACAUGCGUGAAUAAUAAUAAAAACAAAAAAAAUCACAGCAUAGUAGGGGUAAACAUAAACACGAAAAGGAAUGCUUACGGCUCAGGUUAGUCUAGAUAUUGUGGUGUUAAAAAUGCUCUUACUGCAUUUCUGGCUGUAUGUCUAAAGCAUAACGUACACACCUGGCACUAUCCCAUCAAUCAUGAAGGCAGCUUUUGAGUGAAAUGAGUCCUUUCAUUGGUUAAAAAGCCAAAGAGCAGCUGCAGAGAACAGAUGAAGGAAGGGAAAAUAGGGAUGUUUGGAGAAAUGAGGCAGAAAAACGAGAUAGGGUGGAUGUUUCAAAUGUGCUCAAAACAAACCUCAAAUCAAGGAAUUUUACUUGCGAUGCUGUUGGAUUUAACUGUUAGUGUCUCACAUUGUCUUGAGCAUUGUCAUACAGAACAACCUGUUAUUAGGAGGUUGGGAAAUCCUUUGCACUCGUUUGGUCUUAUUUCAGACUAAUCAUGGUGGUUGUUUUGCUCCCUUUUGCAAUUUUGUCCACACAUUCUGUUUAUGGGAUUAUUGGCACAGCUGUUUGAUGUGAGUUUGAGUUGCCCACACUUCUAAAAACAGCAUUGCAAAGAUAGUUUGGACAGCCAACAGAUAAUGGAAGCACACUCACCAAGUUUACAUGUUUACACUACAGUUUUGAUGUUGGCUUAAGCUAAGGAAAGAAUAUAUAUAUAUCAAAAUAAUAAAAAGCAUUACAAGGAUCCAAAUAUUGUCUUAUUAAAACAUGUACUACUGGAAUGGUAAAGUGAAGGCUUGCACCUGUUUGUCUGUUUCAUUUAGUCUGAUUCAGUAACCUGCUUGAAGCUCAAGAUACUGUGAGAGAGCAUAAUGACCAGAAGGAGUUGAAAGAAUUAAAAUUAAUAUUUCUAUUUCAAAUAGAGGCUAUUACACACUGUAUGUUGUGUAUCUGAACUGGAAAACAUUAAAAGACAUUCUUAA